UUAAACAUACUUCAUAGAAGAAAAAUUGUCCAGAAAUAAAGAAACAUGAUGACGGCAAGAUUCUUCUGUUUAAUGUUAAUAGCAGUUCUGGGAGCUACUGCAAGUAAAACACAGGAAUUUGAAAGCAAUGAUGAGGAAACAGAGCAAGAAUUCAUUUAUACCAACAGGUAUAAGCGUUCCAGUGAUACACAGGACAAGUGCACUUAUACCUUUAUUGUACCUCAACAGAGAGUGACAGGUGCCAUUUGUGUUAAUUCAAAGGAACCUGAAGUCCUACUUGAAAACAGGGUAAAUAAACAAGAAUUACAAUUACUUAACAAUGAACUUCUUAAACAAAAGAGGCAAAUAGAAACUCUGCAGCAAUUGGUAGAGGUGGAUGGUGGAAUUGUUAACGAAGUUAAGCUUUUACGAAAAGAAAGCAGAAAUAUGAACUCUCGUGUCACACAACUAUAUAUGCAGCUACUACAUGAAAUUAUCCGAAAACGGGACAAUGCCUUAGAACUUUCCCAACUUGAGAAUAAGAUUUUGAACCAAACUGCAGAUAUGUUGCAACUUGCAAACAAAUACAAAGACUUAGAGCACAAAUACCAGCAUCUGAUGUCAAUUGCCAAUAAUCAGUCAACAAUAAUAGCCCAAUUGGAAGAACACUGUCAAAGAAUGCCAUCCAUAAAGCCACUGCCACAGACUCCACAGCCACCUAACAAAGUGUAUCAGCCUCCCACUUACAAUCGCAUUAUUAACCAGAUAUCUACUAAUGAGAUUCAGAGCGAUCAGAACUUAAAGGUUUUGCCACCUACCUUGCCAACCAUGCCUGCAGUUACUAGCAUUCCAACUGGAACUGAUAAGCCAUCUGGGCCCUGGAGAGACUGUCUACAGGCCUUAGAAGAUGGUCAUGACACCAGCUCCAUCUAUCUUGUAAAACCAGAAAACACAAACCGACUUAUGCAGGUCUGGUGCGAUCAACGGCAUGACCCUGGUGGCUGGACAGUCAUUCAGAGACGGUUGGAUGGGUCCGUCAACUUUUUCAGGAACUGGGAGACAUACAAGCAAGGAUUUGGUAACAUAGAUGGAGAGUACUGGCUUGGUUUAGAAAACAUUUACUGGUUAACAAAUCAAGCCAACUACAAACUGCUUAUAACAAUGGAAGAUUGGUCAGGUCGGAAAGUAUUUGCUGAAUAUGCUAGCUUCAGACUGGAGCCAGAAAGUGAGUAUUUCAAGUUGAGAUUGGGACGCUACAAUGGCAAUGCUGGAGACUCUUUCACUUGGCACAAUGGAAAACAGUUUACCACUCUAGACCGGGACCAUGAUGUAUACACAGGUAACUGUGCUCAUUACCAGAAGGGAGGAUGGUGGUACAAUGCAUGUGCUCAUUCAAAUCUCAAUGGAGUCUGGUAUCGGGGAGGACAUUACCGCAGUCGGUAUCAAGAUGGUGUUUACUGGGCUGAAUUCCGGGGUGGAUCAUAUUCACUAAAGAAAGUUGUUAUGAUGAUAAGACCUAACCCCAACACAUUCCACUGAAAUUCUUCUUAUAGUGGUUUAUUUUCCUGUUCUUUUUAAGAAGCAUGUGAAGCUAUACUGUUAUCUGAAAUUAUUUUUACAGAAACAAAAUAUGUAAGAUAUUGUACAUUUAUUGCUAAGAUAUGAGGGCUUGUAUAUUGUAUUUUCAAGAAACAUUCCUACGGAAAUUAAAAAAAGAAGAAAAUGAAAUGACAUAACAUGCAGAAUUCUUCUGUGCUAAAAUGUGCUAAAGGCAAAUAUUAAACCUUUUAUAACUGGCAGUUGAGAGUGACUGUAGAUAAGCUUUGUUUUUUUUUUUUUAAUCUCCUGUAAAUUAAGUUAGAUCAUAAAAAUACUGCCAUGACAUUUAAAUAUUUUUGUAUGUUAUGAUAUGUAUAAAAAUUCACAAAUAUAGGAAAUAUUACAAACUGUACAGCAAGAGUUUUAUUCUUAUUAUUAGCAAUCAUUUGACACAGGAAAUCACAUCCUUUGAACUACGUAGCUGGUAUAUGUACAGUGGUGAUACUAUUCUAAUUUAAUCUUUGUUAAUUGCCAUUAAUAAAGUUAGCGCUAUCUGCUCACAAACACAAAUUAUAUACUCAAACCGUUACUGUGACGACAAAUUCAGGCUGUCCCCUUCACUUCAAGCCUCUUAAUACCUCUGCUCCUAUUAUUUACUAUUCACUUUUAAUUAAAGUAUUUUAGAUUAAAAAAGUCGUUUAUUAUACCAAAGUGAACUGCCUACAUAUACAUGGAAAUACAGUCAGAUGUACAAUGGCUACAGUAUGUUGUACAGCCAAAAAGUUAUACUAAACAACAAAUGUCAAUUUAUUUUGUACCUGACUUCAGCCACUCUUUAUCAUUUAGCCUCUGUAGUCAGAAUGGCUGAACAUAAAUUAAAGGAACUAUCCAACUUUGCAGGCAAAUGAUGGA